AUGAAUGUACAAUCGUCAGCAAUAUCUACUUUGGCAGGAGGCAGUGUUUCCCACACGACACAUCCAUAUGGACAAAACAUCACGAGAACAUUAGAAGAAAUAAAUUUGACUCCAGUGGUUUUAAAAAAUGCCCACGACGUAGCGAAACGACUAAGAAACGUAACAUCGAAUGUUUUGCUAAAUUCAUAUGAAGUAGCAUUUGCGGUGGCAACCUUAGAAAAUAUAAAACCGUUCACAAAUGUGAGUUCAGUUGUGGAAGAUGUUUUAGAUACAGUUGAUAAUGUUUUAGACCAGGACAAAAAUGUGUUAUCAGCAGUAAAACAGAUAACAAGAAUUUCAACAUUACUUGAACACAUCAGUGCACAACAUUCUUCGUUCACACCAUUCACUGCACAAAAACGAAACUAUGGAUUAAUUGGCACUAAGGUCAGAAAUAACUUCAAUAGUGGAUAUCAAUUUUUCUCAUUUCAAUACAACUCAAUAAAAAUUGUCAAAGCUAGCGAUGAAAAAAGUGUUAACAGCAGUUUCACACAAUUUAUAAGUAUUCCAUUUGAAGCAAUUAAUACGUCUAACUCAAACAUGGUGGACACAGUUAUCAUUGGUGCUGUUUAUUCCACCGACAAGUUAUUUGUCAAGCGAAAAAAUGGAACGCAGAACUCAAUAAAAAGUAUCAUAUCGGCUGAAAUCCGCGGACACACCAUAAAAGAUUUACUAAGUCCAGUUGUAAUCAAAUUUAAUUUUACUGGUGAAAUUCUUCCGUUAAGUUAUGAAAGUAUUUGUGCUUUUUGGGACAUCAGGGAGAGUGAAUGGUCAACGGACGGUUGUUACUUACAUUCUUGGGACAGAAUCCAAAAACUAGCAAUCUGUCAUUGCAAUCAUCUAACAAACUUUGCUGUGUUAUUCAACAGUAAGCCUGCAGAUGCUUUUAAUGAAAGAAUAUUGUCCUUACUAACUAUUGUUGGUUUAUCUGUGUCAACAGGCGGUUCGUUUAUAGUGCUCUUGUCACAUAUUUUAUUUCCAGUAUUGCGAGAAACUAUACCCAAGAAAAUUCUAAUCAAUCUAUGUGUUGCACUAAUUCUCAUGAAUGUCAUUUUCUUGGUUGGAAUGGAGUUGAAAUCUAUCAUUGCUUGUAAAACUGUGGCAAUUCUCACGCAAUAUUUUUUCCUUUCCGUAUUCACAUGGUGUGGAAUUGAAGCUUUUCACUCUGCUAAAAUUCUUGUAUUUCCAGAGAAAAAGGGUUUCCAAUAUGUCAUUACGAAAGCGCUUAUAUGUGGUUGGGGUAUACCAUUUUUGUUCACAACAGUUGGUGUAAGUGUUUGGUCUUCACGAUAUGGAGAGGACAAAAGAUGUGUGAUUAAUGGUUUUGCGUUCUACUACACUGUACUCAUACCUGUCUCCAUUAUCAUGCUUAUCAAUAUCGUUACUCUUCUAAUCAUUAUACUAUCAUUGAACAAAAGCUCGAAGAAGGUGGGUAACAAAGCUAUGAAAAUUAAAAAAAGAAUUCGAAUAGUCGUUGCAUUGUCGGUGUUGUUUGGAUUGACUUGGGUGUUUGGAAUUUUUGUUAUAAAUAAUGGUAUGAUGGUAUUCAAAUAUAUAUUUUGCAUUCUGUGCAGCUUUCAAGGAUUGUAUAUAUUUAUAUUCUAUGGACUUUAUGAUACGUUGACGUUGUAUUGUUGGAUGGAGCUGCUUAAAGGCAACAGUAUAGACUGUAUAAGAUAUUUGUUAUUCCGUGCUAUUUAUACAGCUAACAUGGAGAAAUUUGGGUUUUUGCAGACUGGUAUGAGAUUAAUUUUUCCUCCUCGAUCCUUUUGUAAACUUAGCAAAGACUUCAAAGGUUACUUUUACAAAUCUUUUCAUUGGUUCGACACUUUUGAUCACUUAAAAAUUUUAGUAGAUUUCGAGUAG